AUGCGUUUUAUCUCGGGAGUUUUAGCGGCACUUGUGGUGACAACAAGCGCACUGCCAAAGCGGGCAUCAGACCGUAUGCAGUGGAAUGAGACAUGCGUGGGCAUUGAAAGCAAAUCCAAGGAAAACUGGAAAAAGACGGAGAUCGGCGAAUGGUUCAUUGUUUCGGCAAAUGCAGAGGACAUCUACACCAAGGAUAUUCAAAAGACGAUCCAGUCUUGGGAUCACCCGCCUAGCCUUUAUGGAUUCUAUUGUUCCCCAAUGAGCCACUGUGACGCAAACCUGGACAAGGACCAAUGCCUCGAGCCACAUGCCGGCAGCCGACCUGGGCUGUAUUUUUUGAUGUGGUCCAUCGCCAACUUGAACAAUUGGAUGGUGUCUGUAUUGGAAGCAGUAGAUCACACAGCUGGUGUGGCUAACGGCCUUGCUGCUGAUUUGGUCAAGAACUUUGCCACAAAUAUGGAAAAUAUCCCUCUCGUCAAUGCCGGCCCCUCCAUGGCUGCAGGGUUCUUGGGUAGUCUUGCUGCAAUUUUCCCGCCUGCUGCCGCAGUUGGAGGCCUCGGUUCAGGCCUUGCGACCGUUGGAUCUGGCAUUCUCUCCCUUACCUCCAAUAAUAAGCCUGUUGAGUUGGAACCCAAAUUCAACGACUUUGCCAAUAUCACCACGUAUAUUGCCAAGGCCUCGGAGGGAAUGCAAAACAGCAUUGAGACAUACACCCGAUGGCUUCUAACAUCAGUCCCAUCAAACGACCGUUCCAAUGGCAUCUAUUACGUUGAUGAUCCCAACUCUCUUCCAAACGUCCUUCUAAAUGGUGAUUUCGCGGAGCCCAUAACCUCGCCUAUCCUCCCAGAUAGCAUCUACGUCUCCCUCUUCAGUGCCGCAAUUGCCAUGCUCUGGAGAGGAGAAGCCGCGAGCGUCAUUAAAAUUACCCACGACGUUCCCUCUUUGAGCAAACCUAUCUGUGAAAACGAAGACGUCUUCAAGGGCAACAAGUUUUGCGAUAGUGAAGGGAAUGCCUAUCUUGUGUUCCGCUGGGAUGCUAGCUGGAAUGACACCCCCUGGCAAAAGGGUGUGGCAGACAAGUUCAAGAAGCUUAAAGGCGUGGACAAACUUGGGGACUACAGACUGACCAUCGAGACUGUCGCCAAGGCAUCUGAGUAUGCGAGCUCGAAGAACGGUGGUAAACCGUACUAUGAAUGGGACACUAACAGAGUCAUCGACCACAUGAACGAAGAUCCAAAUAAUAAGGUGCAGUUUUCUGGUUUCAACCUGCCCUUUUGUAAACUUGGCCCUAUGUGGAAUGGCGGACAGUAUGAGCUUCUUGAAUCGGACGAAUGCGAUGCCGAGUGUCAAACUAUUUGGGCUAUGCGAAAUUGUUUCCAGACAAUAGAUGAGGACCAUCCUGGUGGCGGCAUACUCCACUUCACAAAGGAGUGCGAUUUCAGAGAUUGCCCUAAAAUCUGCAUGGGUGGCUUCGCUGGCUGUUGA